GAUCCUCUCCCGGUUGUCAGACAGAGAGCCGGGGCCGCCAUUCAUCCUGCCGGCACAGGUAGCUCAGCCGACGGCCGGACCAUCUGCUCUGAGCCGGACCCGAUCAGCCAAUCAGCGGCGAGCUCCGGGGAUCAGGGCGCCUGUUCAUUGGUCAGCACUGGAUUCCGCGGCGCUCAUUGGUCAUUGCUCAGUGACGACACGCACCCUGCUCCCGUCCCCUGUCGGUCGGUGGGAGGAGCGUCGAGACUGGUGGUUGCAGGAGCCACGCCCCUCGCGCAGCUCUGACGUGUCUGACGGCCUUCCCAGCAUGCACCGCUCCGGGCCUGGCCUGAACAUAAAGCCUGGCUGGAGUUGUUAUCCGUUACUAGGCAACGGGAACCGGGUGUAAGGCUGGGGUCACUGGGGAGAUCACCCGAACCGGGUGUAAAGGUGGUUGGAGAAAAUGGCGGCUCCUGUGGACUCCAGAUUAUUGAAACUUGUGGCAGAGAUAACAGAAAGCCGCGUUGAGGAGGUCCCAGUUCUGUUACUAAAGUUGAAAGAUUUUUUAAAACAUGUGCCCCCUGGGAGCCAAGAACUGAAGGAACUGAAAGCGGGUUUGUACCAUUAUGACCUGAUUCAGUACUGUGUUCUGGUUCUGAAACAAGACUUUAGCCGUGUGCGAGGCAGCUGGGGAACCGCGGCAGAUCUGGCUGAUAUCCUGAGUAACUGCUGCGUGGGCUUGGAUCCCAAGGAAGAUCCUGAUGAAUUUUACAAUAAAUUGCUGCCCUCUGCCCUGCUUCACAUGCUCAUUUUGGGAAGAAGGAUCCAAGCUCGUUUUGUGCGCUCCAUCAAGGAUGAAGAGAGAGGGCAGUUAUUUUGCAGUUUUAAGAUGGUGACUGAUUCACUUUGCUGGCUAUUUACUGGCCAUUUACAGCUCGCUAAUACUGUUUUGCAGCAAGAGCAUUUUUUGCAGCUAUUGAUGACUGAUGAUGUGGAAACCGGGACAGUUGUGAUGUCUGUCUUGCAGAGCAUUCUGCGUGCUGACCGAGUCAUACUAAAUCAGGUACCAGACAAUGUCCUUCACCCCAUUUUGGAUGAACUUGUAUACAAGCUUUCAGCAUCUACAAAUCCAGUCGUUGGGAGUGCCGCUACCAGAUCCCUGCUCCAGAUGAUAGAAUCCAGGCCUGAUGUUGGACGGAUUAUGGGCAUCCGAUAUAAAGGGCUCCGGUCACUAUUAAGCAAGCAGUGGACUGGAAAAGGAUUUGGUCGAGAGCUUGCUCAUCUUUUAGAUCGCUUGCAGUCUGGCUCCUACCAGCGAGAGGAGAUGCAGAGACUGCAUAAUGCCGCGUGUACUAUCCAAGCCAUGUGGAGGGGAUUUCAGAUCCGGAAAAGGGUCAGGAGACUGCCAAAGGCCGUUGCAACCUUACAGAGAAGUUUUAGAGCUAAAAGGCAGAAAGAAAUGAUUCAGUUCAAGAAACAGAAAGAGGUAGAAGACCUCAGGCAACAGUUGCAGCUGCACAGACUGAGAGCAAUGCGGGCAUUUCGAGAGAAGCAGCUAACCAUGCUAGAACUAGUCCACGCAGGGCAAAUGGAUAAAUACCUUCAGGAAAUUCAAGAGAAUGCGGCUUUGGAAAUUCAGAGUUGUUGGAAGGGAUAUAAAGAGAGGAAAGCUUUCCACCAACAGAAACUUAUCCUGAAGAAGUACAAGGCAGCUGUCACUAUCCAGCGAGCCGUGCUGCGGUUUUUAAAAAAACGCAGAAAACUUUGCGAUUCAUUAUCCCCUUGGAAAAAAACACGCAGUCUUAAUGAUGAACAGCGGCUUCAUUUACAGCAGAAAAUCGAUGCUCACAUCCAGCUCCACCCUGCCCAGCAGAGGGCGCCAGAGCAGAGCCAAGAGCUCCAUGUACAAGCUCAGGAGACGCUGGGUCAAUACCUUCUGCGUUGGAAACUGGAACACGGUGCUGAACAGCGUAGAGAAGCUCUGCUCGCCCAGAUUAACACGGAUAUUGGCAUGCUGAUGGGUGCUCCAAGCCUCUCGGAGGGCACAGAGAAAGACCUGGAAAUCUUCAGCAGCAGAUCUGUGCCUGUGGCUCUGAAAGCCAAGCAAUCUCACACAACUAUGCUCAAACGCAGCCGAUGGCCAUGGUGGAAGAAACUCAGUGAUGAAUUUAUUGAGGAAACCGAUGCUGUCAUGAAUGACUCCUUAGACAUGGAUCAAGGGAUCAUGUUCGUUGCUGGUGCCAAGACUGCCAAAGUUACUGACUCCUCUGGCUGUCCCCUUCCCUAGGUUUAUGGGUUCCACACUGAAAGCCAGCAGGUCUGGUUACCCAACUUCCCAGUAUUUCAGGUUUGCAGAUUCUGUGCAGAAGGCAUUCCUUUGGGUCUCUGGUACUUUGAACGUGUUUAUUGAAGAUUUCGCUAGACCAUCUACUCCGUGCUUCCAUUACUUCUUUCCAAUGAUCAGUCUACGGAUUGCUGUAACUGCGUUCCUCAUUUUUCUUUGCAAACGUCAAAUCCCCCACAAACCUUUCUGUUUUGUUUGUACUAAAUGCUAGGUACCUACCAAGGCUGCACAACUCUCAUCUGUGUUACAAACUGUUUAAUUGUGACAAAUGUAAUGUUCUUUGGAAACCAAAACGAUGCUCUGUUUAUUACGUAUGAUCACAAAUACUUUGUGUUUCUGUAAAAUCUGUAGU